CUUCCCCAAUAUAUAAAAGCGGCAACACGCGCUGCAAGAUAAACGAAUUAAUUUACACUGUAAUUAGCCUGUUUUCUGCCUUUCUUUUAGUACUUACGCUCACUCACCUCAUUUAUUGCAGACACUUUCAUUUUCUGCUUAGAAUAGCACACCUCACCAUCCAUUUAUCCAAUUAUUGCCGCCCAUACGCAAUGUCGUCGACUUCAACACCUCCGAUUAUCACCAAGUGGGCCUCGAAAGACGGCGAGUUCCACCGCCAGGUCUCCAGUUUCCGCAGCUUCGUCGAGCCCAGCGCCGCCGCCGAGUUCCCGGCUGAGUCUGGCCGCUAUCAUUUGUACGUCAGCUACGCGUGCCCGUGGGCGCACCGCACACUUAUUGUGCGGCAGCUCAAGGGCCUGGAGGACGUCAUCAGCAUCUCGGUGGUGCACUACCUGAUGGGCCCCAAUGGCUGGGAGUUUGCGUCGCCCGACGACGUGCCCGGCGCGACCCUGGACGAUGUUACAGGCGCCAAGUACAUACGCGAGGUCUACCUCAAGGCCGAGCCCAGCUACUCGGCGCGCUUCACAGUCCCCGUGCUGUGGGACAAGAAGCGGCAGACCAUUGUCAACAACGAAAGCUCCGAAAUCAUCCGCAUGCUCAAUACAGCCUUUGAUGACUUGGUCGCACCCGAGUACCGCGGGAUCACGUUUUACCCCGAGGACCUGCGCGUCCAGAUCGACGAGAUCAACGAAUGGAUUUAUGACACGGUCAACAAUGGCGUCUACAAAUCAGGGUUUGCCGUUUCGCAGGACGCGUACGAGCGGAACUGCCGCGCACUGUUCGAGUCACUCGAGCGCAUCGAGCGCAUUCUCGCUGAGAGAGAGUUUUUGCUGGGCUCGCGGCUGACCGAGGCCGAUCUGAGGCUGUUUACGACGAUCGUGCGCUUUGACCCGGUGUACCACGGCCACUUCAAGUGCAACCUCAAGCAGAUUGGCACCGGGUACCCGAACAUUCUGCGCUGGACGCGCGAGAUCUACCAGCUGCCAGGAAUCAAGGGCACGGUCAACAUGGAGCACAUCAAAAAGCACUACUACAUGAGCCACACUCAGAUCAACCCGACCCAGGUCGUGCCCCUGAGCGAUGGCCCCAAUCUCGACAGCCCCGAGGUCAGGCCGGCAUCUCGCCCGUACUGAUGAAUAUAUAUAUUUAAUUUUUAUAAUAUAUUUAACGUGUGGCCGAAUGUACAGACU